GAAACAUGGAGAGCCGUCAGGACAAGAUCAUUUUCCUGUCCCGCACUACAACCUUUGCAGCUGCCCACAGACUGAACAGCAAACAUCUGAGCGAUGAUGAAAACAGGGUCACCUUUGGGAAAUGCAAUCACACCCAUGGACACAACUAUAAAGUGACGGUGACUAUAUGUGGAAAGAUUGAUCCCAUCAGCGGCAUGCUCAUGAACAUUUACAAACUUCAGGAAUACAUGCAGGUGGCCAUCACUGAGUCUCUUGACCACAAGAACCUGGACCAGGAUGUGGAUUAUUUUGCCAGUGUUACAAGCUCGACAGAGAAUCUAGCCAUGUUCAUCUGGAGCAGUCUGGAAAAAAUCCUUCCAUCGGGAUGCCUGUACAAAGUGAAGAUCUAUGAGUCGGACACAAACUUUGUUGUUUUUAAGGGCAACUAAAACCCCUCUUACGAAUGAAAAGCAGGGAGCGCAGGUGGGAAAGCAGGGCGUCAGUUUGAGUGCGAGACCGUCUCCUCCCUCCCGUGACCGUAAAUAAGUCUGUUCUGUCUGACAGUGAGACUGCCACAGAAGGGAAGCGGCAUUCAGCGCUCCCUGGCAACCCUGCAAAGACACCACCGAGUUCAACUUUCUGCUGCAAGGAACACAGCAGCUGCUUUUGCUAAGGCAAUUCUGUGCAUGCGCGUCCCAUGCUUGAUGGCUGGCCGCGGAGCAUUUAGACCCACUCGGCUGCAAAGCGUUGUGCGAGGUGA